UUUUGCGCGCCCCCGCUUGAAGACCGGCUCGAGCCGGUAGGCUAUAAAGAGCUGACAGAACAGUAAGGAAAUAAGGAAACGGUUGAUUUACUUUUACAGAAGACACAGAUGUGUUUUUGGCAUUCAAGAAAGAGAGGACAGAUACAGUAACCAGGGUAACAUAAUAAGCUAUGAUUCUUCUUGUGGAUCGGACAAGAGGACAUUUUUUACAUCAUGCUUAAAAAGAUGUUGCUUUAGUCCAGAACAUCGAUUCGUCUGAUCGGAAGCGGAAGAGACAGAGCUGGUAGACUAACGGUAUAGGGAGAACAUAGAAAUAACAUACCGAUAAACUAGCUGCUCAUUUUGCCAUUAAAACCUGUUCGUUAUAUUCGACAGUCGACUAUUCUGUGUCGAUCACUUUUCCGACUAGACUGAUCGUCGCUCUGUUGGUGCUCAGACCCAGCCAUGCGGGGGUUAAAGUCAGCGGUGCAGGGGUCCGGGGGAUGCGGGGGUCCGUGUGUGUACGAGGCGGUGCCAGACGGGGGCUGGGGCUGGGCGGUGGCUGUGGCCUUCUUCUUCGUUGAGGUGUUUACUUACGGGACCAUCAAGUCUCUGGGGGUGUUCCUCGAGGACCUCAUGACAGAGUUUGGGGAGAGCAACAGCAGAGUAUCCUGGGUCAUCGCAAUCUGCGUCUUCAUCGUCACAUUCACAGCCCCUCUGUCCUCGGUGCUCAGUAACCGGUUUGGGUACCGUCCCGUAGUGAUGUUGGGGGGUUUUCUGGUCAGUCUGGGUACCAUCAGCUCUGCUUUCGUCUCCUCCAUCAACGAGAUGUACGUCACUAUCGGCAUUGUCUCAGGUCUGGGGUACUGCCUGGCCUUCCUGCCCACCAUCACCAUCCUGUCCCAGUACUUCAGCAGUAGGAGGUCCCUGGUCACCGCCCUGGCCUCCUCAGGGGAGUCCUUCGCCAUGUUUGUCUUCGCACCAGCCUUCAUGGCUUUGAAGGAGAUCAUCGGCUGGCGCCACUGCCUCGUCGUCAUCGGUCUCAUGCAGGCCUCCGUGAUUGGCUGCGGCGCUCUGCUUCGACCAAUCAUCAUCCGACCUGACCAGGAAGUGUCAGGGGAGGUGUCCAAUAAGGAGAAGCUGUCCGUUAAGCUGCAGACGGUCUACGAGCUGGAGAAUGAGGACACCCAGACCAACGUUAGCUCGGGGGAGUCUGAGGACUCGGGGGAUUCUGGGGUCACCUCUCUGUCCGCCUCCAGUGCUGACCUCCAGGCCGCCACAGCCGCACAGGACCCCUCAGAGACCCGGGCCCUCAUGGAGGACCAGGGGGAGAAGAACCAGGGGGGACAGGCAGCCCUUGGAACCCCACUGAAUCAGCUGGAGGCUGGGGAGAAAGAGCAGGGUGAGGUGGGUCCCCUUGUCCAACCCUCCAGACCUAAACUUCUAGACUUUUCUGUGUUGAAAGAUGGAUCGUUCAUCUGCUACUCUCUGUUCGGUCUCUUCGCCACGCUGGGGUUCUUCGCCCCGUCUCUCUACAUCAUAGAGCUCAGUAAGAGCCGCGGCGUCCACCCAGAGAAGUCGGCCUACAUGCUCUCUGUAAUGGCGGUGUCCGAGGUCUGCGGGCGCCUGUCCAUCGGGGUCAUUUUAAACAAGGUGCGGAUGCGUAAGACCCAGGUGCUUCUGGGAUGUGUAGUUCUGCUGUGUCUGGUGCUGCUUGCCUUCACCCAGGUGACUGAGUUCUGGGGCCUGGCAGCCUGCUGCUGUCUCUAUGGCUUCCUGAUGGGCACCGUGGGCUCUACACACAUCCCCAUGCUGGCAGAGGACGACGUGGUGGGCAUAGACAGGAUGCCCUCGUCCGUGGGGGUCUAUGUGUGUAUCCAGAGCUUUGCUGGGUUGGCCGGACCACCGCUGGGGGGCCUGUUGGUGGACAAGACCCAGAACUAUGGCUCAGCCUUCUACUCCUGUGCUGUGGGAAUGGGCCUGGGCGCCAUCUUCCUCGCCAUGGUGGGACCUGCCAAGUCUGGCCUCUGCCACCGCGGGAAGACGAGAAAACAGGAGGAGAGGAGGAAGGAGGAGAGGAGAGAGGAGGGAGGAGGAGAGGAGGAGGAGGAGAAGGUUUCUCAGGACAGUGGAUCAACAGAUUAUCUAGAUGUUGAUCUGGUUGUGGAGACCAGUCCGGCUAAAUGGUCCCCAAAACAGGAGACCAACGCGGUCUGAAACGCGGUCUGAACGCGGUUGAAUAGCUAAGACAGAACCACAACCAGGCCUCCUUUGGAUCUUCUGAACUCAAUGGGACGACCUGGUUAAAUAAAGGUUGAAUAUAAAACACAUGACAACGUUUUGCUGACCGCUGCCUAACUGACCGACCAAGGAGAACCUCGACCACUAGAUACUCACAGGUGGUUAGAAUGGAGAACAAACACCCAACCAUCUAGCAAAUAAGAGAACACACACGCUGUCAAACAUGCUACUGAGAGACUGAGUGCUGGACAAACACCUCUGUGGUACAGAAUGUACACACACACACACACACACUGUCAACAUGCUACUGAGAGACUGAGUGCUGGACAAUCACCUCUGUGGUACAGAAUGUAUACACACACACACACACACACACACACACACAGCUUUGACCUGUUCACCCUCUCAGAUGUCAUUCACAUACACUUGCAUUGCAGCGAACAACUGUCUUAGGUGCAUCAUUCCUAUUGACCAAGUCUCUCUCCUCAGAGUCAACCAAACUCCAUGCAUGGCUGAGACACAGGCUUUUAACAUGAUUACCGCUCUGUCAGUAGUUGAUAUAACCAUGAUAUGACCUCUCUGUUCAUAGUUAUAACCAUGAUACGACAUCUGUUCAUAGUUAUAACCAUGAUAUUACCUUUCUGUUCAUAGUUAUAACCAUGAUACGACCUCUGUUCAUAGUUAUAACCAUGACACGACCUCUCUGUUCAUAGUUAUAACCAUGACACGACCUCUCUGUUCAUAGUUAUAACCAUGAUACGACAUCUGUUCAUAGUUAUAACCACGAUGACUGUUUCUCUGUCUCAACCCCUCAGUUGAUGCCAAAGGCCUGGUAGUAACAGGCCAAGUCCUGUCUUUAUAUCGAUUACUAUUAUUAUGGUUGAAUCUGAAUGACUGCUGUUAUCCAAACACAAUACCACCACAGUAUUCUGCACAGCCUGUGCACGGUAUGUAUUCGUCAACAGUCUACUUCAUGUACCUAUGUGAUGUAUAAAUGUGAUAUAAAAGUACCAAAUAAGACCGUAGGUGAAACUAAGACGUAUGGAUUACAGUGUGAAUGACGAGCUGUUUCAAUGCUGUGGAUCACUGCUUUACCUGUCAAUCAAUCAAUCAAAGCUUUUAUUUAUAUUGUGUUUAUUUAAAUAAAAUAUAUAUAAAUGCAUUUGAAGCCAAGGCCACGGUGACGAGACAAAACUUCCUAGGUAGGUAGAGGUGGAGAUUUGACUACGAAAGUGUUGAUUCCUCGACUCCUUUGAUCGUCGACUCCGAAAACACCCUGGAGUCUUUCACCGCCAUAUUAGGCAGGUAAAGACCUUGAGACAAGGAGAGAGGCCGAUCUCCCUCAGACUGGCCUAAAUGCCCUACCCAAAGACUCUGAGUCACUCAGACCUCUUGCACUGAGAUACAGGAUCUAUCAUCUCUGCUGCAACACUCACUGCUGAUCAGCUUUUUCUAAUUGAUUAAAUUGAUUUGUUUAUAACAAAUGAACAUUUGAA